AUGAAGACGACCACGACAGAUGUUUUGCGUGUGCCGCUGGAGUCCAGUUUCACCAUGAGGAAAAAUUCGUUAUCCGCUGAGAUCCAUCCCGGUUUAACUGGAUUUCAGACUGACUCAGGUUGCCAAGCUAUUGCAGCCAGCAAAACCAAAACGAGCAGCUCUGGACUGCGUCGAGCCGAAAAGCCUCCCUACUCCUACAUUGCACUCAUCGUGAUGGCGAUACAGAGCGCACCAGCAAAGCGUCUCACCCUGAGCCAGAUCUACCACUUUCUGCAGACACGCUUCACUUUCUUUCGAGGCUCUUACCAGGGCUGGAAAAACUCCGUCCGCCACAAUUUGUCUCUUAACGAAUGCUUCAUUAAGUUGCCCAAAUGUUUUGGCCGCCCUAGAAAGGGCCACUACUGGACUGUUGACCCUGCGAGUGAGUUCAUGUUUGAGGAGGACUCGUUUCGGCGCAGACCGCGAGGAUUUCGGAGGAAAUGUGAAGUCCUGAUGAAGCCAAUGUACCGCAUGAUGAACGGCCUCGAGUUCAGCUCUGCCAUGUUACCCCAAAGCUUUAACCCACAGAACAAACUGUGUCACACUAACAGCUACAACCUGGACGUGAUGUCCGGGCCUGUAGCUGCCAGUGGGUACGACGCGUUAAGUGUAGGACACUAUGGACAACACAUGACAAAUGCAGACUAUGGAGCGAACAGCAGUUCAGGUUCCUCAUGUCCAACAGGGAGCCCGACCGACUGUCAGUAUUCUGGAGCCAGUUCACACUGGUCUCCAUCUCCAUACCUUAAUAAACGCUCGCCUGUCAGUUCUGGUGUUGCAAGGUCCGCAGCACAACAGACCUCAUCACCACAGACCUCAUCACCACCAGUCUCUUCAUUACUCAACUCGAUGGAGCGAGUCUAUCCACACCCGAACUACAGACCCGGUGCAGACAUGAAAGUGGCUGUACCGCGCUACCAAAUCCAAACUUCCCCUGUAGAAGAACAAAAGGACUUGCUUUUGAACUUCAGUGGAAUCGCAGCUCUUAAUCUACCUAGUAGUGGUAACUCACAUCAUCAUAAACAUCAUCAUUAUCAUCAUCAUCACAACCACCAUCUUCAUCAUUAUCACCAGAGUGAUCUACAGGAUGUCAAGCCGUGUGUGAUGUAG